UCUAGAGGAUGCGUUUUGCUGGUUUACUUCCCAUUUAAAGUGCAGAGUCAUGGUGAAGCCUGAUUGCCUGCUAUGCUCCCAGUAAGUUCCUCUAAAAAGCAGAUAAGUUUCUAAGAUACAGCUCAAAAUUCCUUUCUCAUGCUUCUGUGAGUUUAGGAACUUGGAAGAAAGUAAAAAAGCUAAUGUUUCUGGCAGUUCAACAAGGAUGUUGGUGUUCCGUUUGUCACUGAUGAUCAAGCUUUUCUUCCAGUUGGAUGCAUUGGUUUGUCCUGAGAAGUGUGACUGCUCUUCAAAAAAUGCAGUUCAUUGCUCGGGUCCCCACAUAAAAGACCUGGCAUCUUUAAAUCUGCCUUGCAACAUGACACAAAUCCACAUAACGAACACUAAUGUGCCGUACUUGCAGGAUGUUUUUUCUAGGAUGGUGGAACUGCAGCAUCUCAUCUUGUCUUCAAACAACAUCUCUCUGGUUUCACCAACGGCUUUUAAAGGGUUGAGAAAUCUAAAAGUCCUCAAACUGCUAGAUAAUAAGCUUGUUGAACUUCCUCCAGAAGUGUUUGAUGACAUGGUGCAGCUUCAGCAAUUGAUCAUCGAAAGUAACAGGUUGAAAUCCAUCGAGGAAAAUCUGUUUGACAAACUAGCUAGUUUGGAGGAACUUUACUUGAACAAAAACCAACUAACAGCACUUCCCAGUGACGUGCUGAAGAAUCUUACCAAACUCAAAGUACUGAACUUGUCAAGAAAUUACUUAGCAGCACUACCUAGAAAUAUAUUCAGUGCAUUAGCCAGGCUUGAGAAGCUGAUGCUGUAUUUUAACAGGCUGUCUUCAAUAGAGUCUGGUAUGUUUGAUAACCUGACGGAGCUGCAGGAACUCUUCCUGCAUUGCAAUAACAUCCAGUCCAUCGCCCCUGAUGCAUUUCAUUGUCUUCACAAACUGAGGCGCCUGACGCUCUCCAGAAACAACCUUGAGGUUUUGCCUUCUGGGCUUUUUUUGCACUUGCAUGACCUGUGUAAACUGACCUUAUACAGGAACCCACUGAAGUCUCUUCCAGAAAUACUGUUUGGAGAAAUGAGGCAUCUUGGUAGCCUGUGGCUGUAUCACACAAAGCUCUCAACGAUACCAGAUUUUGUGUUCAGUAACUUGACAAAUUUAGAGCUUCUUGUGCUGAGUUUUAAUCCAGAGCUUACGGUUCUUCCUAGGAAUGUGUUCAGUGGCCUGAAUGAACUGCGAGGCCUUUCUCUGCAUACAAACAAUAUUUCCAGUUUGCCAGAGGGCAUAUUUCUGAGCCUUCAGAAACUGCAGAACGUUUCCCUCUUUGGUACAAGGCUUGAGGUUCUUCCUAGAGACCUCUUUCAUAAUCUCAAGCACCUCCAGAAGGUUUACCUGAAUAGUACUAAGCUGCAGUUUCUUUCUGCAGACUUCUUUGCCGCUUUACCUGAGCUGCAAGAAGUUGUUCUUGACAACAACCCUUGGAAAUGUGAUUGCCAAAUUCUUGGCUUCCGAGAGUGGCUACAAAAGAGCACGGAUAUAGUUAAAGAUGUGCCAUCUCUAAUGUGCCACAGCCCACUGGCACUGCAGAAUAUUUCUCUUGUGGCUCUAACCAUUGAUGGCCUGAAGUGCCUGCCAACCACAGCCAUUACGUAUCAGACACUCAGCUCAACUUAUUCCCAGACCUUGACGUCUCCUGUGACGGAGCACUUAAGAUCAUCUUGGGAGAUUUCUGUAACAGCAGUGUUUGACAUGGAAAGCAGCACACCCACAUCAAUUCCUCCUGAGACUCCAGGUUUUACCUACUCCCAUGUUGAAGAUGUUGGACAGCCUGGGUUUCAUUUCUCAGAUGUUCCAAUACAAACUUCUCCCAGCGUCAUAGCACGAACUGACAGUGUCAGAGGAACAGAUUUAACUACUCUUGUCUGGUGGGAUGAGUUGCCAGCCCACAGGAGUGCUAAACCCUAUUUUAAUACCAGAAUUGCUUAUUGCCAGCUAUUCUUGUGCCUGCACAGUUUGAUUUUAGCACUCCAGACUGUAACCAUUGUGCUCAGUCUGUAUGUGAUGGGUAAAACUAGGCAACUCUUGCACUCCAAAAAUACUCCUGCUCAGCCUGUAGUUCUGAUAAGAUUGUUAAGAAGAUAGAGCAUACUAGCCCAAGAGAGGAUUAGAAGCAUUGCCUUGGAUGCAGUUUAAGCAGUUGAUACUCGAUUCAGAUCUGGAUUACAAAUCUUCAUAGCAAGAAUUAUAAAGACCUUGGCUUUACAGCAUAAUGAAAAUAUGCUUUUAUGUACAUCACAGUUUUUGCCAGAAGUGGCUGUAAUCACUGUACAUUGCUACAGCAUCUGGUGCAGGAACCCAGAGGGAGAGCUGAAAGUGCCUGUGGUCACCUCAACAUGUCCUCUGUGGGUUUCCUGCUUUGGCCCUCAGCCCUGUGCCUGCUCACACUGCUCCAGUGGGGUGGCAUUAACAUAGGAAUGUUGAUAGGAGCUCUACACAGGAACAUGGCUUUAACUGUGCUUUAGAGAGUGCCCAAAGUACUCUAAAUGCUAUUAUGCCUUAUACUGCCUGUUUUGUCUCCUUAUUGAGAAAACAAAUGGUAUUUUUGGGAGGAGAUGCUGGGAAGGACCUUUUAACAAUGGGAGUGUGGGUGGAAUGGUACGAUGCAAGUGUCUUAGCUUUUGUUCUCUGUCCUCAGCCCCUUUCCAGGAUGUGGCAUGAGGAAGGGGUACCAUUUAAAGCUAACAGCAGAGGAAGAUGGUGAGAUAGGAAGUAUAAUCUUGAUGUACUUUAUUGUUUGUCUGGGGAGGGGGAGAGUUGGAAACUUUGUAAAGUUACUACAGCUCUGAAUUUGAAGUAAACACUUUCAUCCUUAAACUUUGGCCAGUGGUCUGAAAAAGCAAGGUGUUACUGGCUGUGUGAUGCAGGAAAUCUUGAAACCAGAAUAACAGGCAGGUGCCCAGAACUGAGGCUGGGCUUCACAGGAAUGUAUUAGAUUGGAGCUGGUCUUGACUGAGGUGGGAGAGAAAGGCAUGGUCUCUCCUGGGCUGGCUAGCCAAACAGGCAUGCAGCCAAGCAGCAGGGAGCCUGCCUGAACUGAGGGCCCUGAAAUGUCACCACUGUUUUGAAGCUGACUGGGGAACGUACACAACUCCAUCAGCUUGGAGUGUGCAGUAGCAUUUUCAGUCUGGCUAAUUUUUACCUUAUUACAUAGUGCUACUCCCUGACUUCCAGGCCUUUCAAGUGUUGAUAUGCAAAGACAACUACAAGGCAAUAAUGUGGGUUUUGGUCUUCAUACCAAAAUGCUUAUUAUUAUUUGAAUUAUGUAAAUAUUUUAG